UCCCUGCUCCUACCCAGGCAAGUAGAGAAGCCCUCCGGACAGCUUCUGCAGUCUCCGGGUUCUAGUAUCCCUCGGCCAGGGUUCUCUGCAAACCCAGAGCCUCUACAGUCCCCAGAGCAGAUCCAGGAUGGGGCCAGGACAGGCAGGGGGCGCCCCUCUGCGGCUACCGCUGCGCCUGGUGUUAGCGCUCACUCAAGGCAUUUUAAAUUGUUGCUUGGCAUACAAUGUUGGUCUCCCAGAAGCAAAAAUAUUUUCUGGUCCUUCCAAUGAGCAGUUUGGCUAUGCAGUGCAGCAGUUUAUAAAUCCAGAAGGCAACUGGUUACUGGUUGGUUCACCCUGGAGUGGUUUUCCUAAGAACCGAAUGGGAGAUGUAUACAAAUGCCCUGUUGACCUGUCCACUGCUACAUGUGAAAAACUGAAUUUGCAAACGUCAACCAGAAUCCCAAACGUUACUGAGAUAAAAACCAACAUGAACCUCGGCUUGACCCUCACAAGGAACGUGGGCACCGGAGGGUUUCUUACAUGUGGUCCCCUGUGGGCACAGCAGUGUGGAAAUCAGUAUUACACAACUGGUGUUUGUUCUGACGUCGGUCCUGAUUUUCGGCUCUCAGCCAGCUUUUCACCUGCUGUUCAGACCUGCCCUUCCUUAAUAGAUGUUGUGGUUGUAUGUGAUGAAUCAAACAGUAUUUAUCCCUGGGAUGCAGUAAAGAAUUUUCUGGAAAAAUUUGUACAAGGCCUGGAUAUAGGCCCCAAGAAGACACAGGUGGGGUUAAUUCAAUAUGCUAACAAUCCAAGAGUUGUGUUUAAUCUGAAUACUUUUGCAACCAAAGAUGAAAUGAUUGCAGCAACAUCUCAGACGUCCCAAUAUGGUGGGGAUCUCACAAACACCUUCAAAGCAAUUCAGUUUGCAAGAGAUUUUGCUUAUUCAGCAGCUUCCGGUGGACGACCAAGAGCCACCAAAAUAAUGGUGGUCGUAACUGAUGGGGAGUCCCAUGAUGGGUCAAUGCUGAAGGAUGUGAUUGAACAGUGCAACAAUGACAAUAUACUGAGAUUUGGCAUAGCAGUUCUUGGGUAUUUAAACAGAAAUGCCCUUGAUACUAAAAAUUUAAUAAAAGAAAUCAAAGCUAUUGCUAGUAUUCCAACAGAAAGAUACUUUUUCAAUGUGUCUGAUGAAGCAGCUCUUCUAGAAAAGGCUGGGACAUUAGGAGAACAAAUUUUCAGCAUUGAAGGUACUGUUCAAGGAGGAGAUAACUUCCAGAUGGAAAUGUCACAAGUAGGAUUCAGCGCAGAUUACUCUCCUCAAAAUGAUAUUCUGAUGCUUGGUGCAGUUGGAGCUUUUGACUGGAGUGGAACUAUUGUCCAGGGGACAUCUCAUGGAUUUUCAGUCUUUCCUAAACAAGCCUUUGACCAAAUUCUGCAGGAUAGAAAUCACAGUUCAUAUUUAGGUUACUCUGUGGCUGCAAUUUCUACCGAAAAAAAUGUCCACUUUGUUGCUGGUGCUCCUAGGGCAAAUUACACUGGCCAGAUAGUGCUAUACACUGUUAAUGAGGACGGCAAUGUCACAGUUAUCCAAGCUCACAGAGGAGACCAGAUUGGCUCCUAUUUUGGUAGUGUGCUGUGUUCAGUUGAUGUGAAUAAAGACACCAUCACAGAUGUGCUCUUGGUAGGGGCACCAAUGUACAUGAAUGACCUCAAGAAAGAGGAAGGAAGAGUCUACCUGUUUACUAUUGUAAAGGGCAUUUUGAAUCAACAUCAAUUUCUAGAAGGUCCUGAGGGCAUUGAAAAUGCUAGGUUUGGUUCCGCAAUUGCAGCUCUGUCAGACAUCAACAUGGAUGGCUUUAAUGAUGUGAUCGUAGGUUCACCUUUAGAAAAUCAGAAUUCUGGAGCUGUAUACAUUUACAAUGGUCAUGAGGACACCAUUCGCACAAAGUAUUCCCAGAAAAUCUUGGGAUCUGAUGGAGCCUUUAGGAGCCAUCUCCAGUUCUUUGGGAGAUCUGUGGAUGGCUAUGGAGAUUUAAAUGGGGAUUCCAUCACUGACGUGUCCAUUGGUGCUUUUGGACAAGUGGUUCAACUCUGGUCACAGAGUAUUGCUGAUGUGGCUGUGAAAGCUACCUUCACACCAGAAAAAAUCACUUUGUUCAACAAGAAUGCUCAGAUAAUCCUCAAACUCUGCUUCAGUGCAAAGUUUAGACCUACUAGGCAAAACAAUCAAGUGGCUAUUAUGUACAACAUCACACUUGAUGCAGACAGAUAUUCUUCCAGAGUAACCUCCAGAGGUUUAUUUAAAGAAAAUAAUGAAAGGUGCCUGCAGAAGAAUAUGGUAGUUAACCAAGCGCAGAGUUGCUCUGAGUAUGUCAUUCAUAUACAGAAGCCCUCCGAUGUUGUAAACUCUUUGGAUCUGCGUGUGGACAUCAGUCUAGAAAAUGCUGGCACCAGCCCCGCCCUGGAAGCCUAUUCUGACACCAUCAAAGUCUUCAGUAUUCCUUUUUAUAAAGACUGUGGUGAUGAUGGACUUUGCAUCUCUGACCUGGUUCUAGAUGUCCAACAAUUGCCAGCUUCUCAAGAUGAACCCUUUAUUGUCAACAACCAAAAUAAAAGGUUAACGUUUUCAAUAACACUGAAAAACAAAAAGGAAAGCGCCUACAAUACUGGAAUUGUAGCUAAUUUUUCAGAAAACUUGUUUUUUGCUUCAUUCUCCAUGCCGGCUGAUGGAACAGAAGUAACAUGUGAAGUUGGUUCAUCUCAGAAGUAUCUUUCCUGUGAUGUGGGCUACCCUGCUUUAAAGAGGGAACAACAGGUGACUUUUACUAUUAACUUCGACUUUAAUCUUCAAAACCUUCGGAAUCAGGCAUCUAUAAGUUUCCAAGCCUUAAGUGAAAGCCAAGAAGCAAACACUGCAGAUAAUUCAGUCAACCUCAAAAUCCCUCUCCUGUACGAUGCUGAAAUUCACUUAACCAGAUCCACCAACAUAAAUUUCUAUGAAGUUUCCUCGGAUGUGAAUGUUCCCUCUAUUGUGCACAAUUUUGAAGAUAUUGGUCCAAAAUUUGUCUUCUCUCUUAAGGUAACAACAGGAAGUGUUCCCGUGACCAUGGCAUCUGUAAUCAUCCACAUCCCUCAAUACACCAAAGAAAAGAAUCCACUGAUAUACCUGACUGGGGUACACACAGACCAGGCUGGUGACAUCAGCUGUAAAGCAGAAAUCAAUCCUCUGAAACUAGGACAAACUUCUUCUUCUGUGUCCUUCAAGAGUGAAAAUUUCCGGCACAUGAAAGAAUUGAACUGCAGAACUGCCUCCUGUAGUAACGUCACCUGCUGGCUGAAAGACCUUCACAUGAAAGGAGAAUAUUUCAUUAAUGUGUCUACCAGAAUUUGGAACAGGACUUUUGCAGCAUCAACUUUCCAGACAGUACAGCUGACAGCAGUUGCAGAAAUUGACACCCAUAACCCUCAGAUAUAUGUGAUUGAAGAAAACACUGUCACGAUCCCCCUUAUGAUAACGAAACCUGACGAGAAAGCUGAAGUACCCACAGGUGUUAUAGUAGGAAGUGUAAUUGCUGGAAUCCUUUUGCUGUUGGCCCUGGUUGCUGUUUUGUGGAAGCUUGGAUUCUUCAAAAGAAAAUAUGAAAAAAUGACCAAAAAUCCAGAUGAUAUUGAUGAGACCACAGAACUCAACAGCUGAACCACCCAGCAGACGCCUCUGUAGCGGGAACUGGCGGCAUCCCAGCGGGGGUUUUCUGUGAUGGUGAAUGGGGUUCUUCUUAAGUCCUGGUUUCUUAAUAUGUAAUAGGUAAACUAGCUUGAUAUUUGAAAGAAACUGCUGGUCAGUUUGGAAGGAAGAAAUUGUGGGUAGGGACUUGGAAUAUAAAGGGUAAGACUUAUUUUCUACAGGGAAGAAAAAAGCAAUCUUUAAACUGGCUGGUCCAGAGUUUACAUUCUAAGGUGUAUUGUGUCAGAAAGAUGAAGUGCUUCCAGGCAUGACGAGUCUUAAAUAAAUUUUAAUACUUUCUCAGAUUUUGGGGGGGUGGGGAAUCUUUAAAAUGAUUGAUGUAAACAGCAACCCUAAGAGUGGAAGUACCCAGUAUAUAUAUUAUAUAUAAUUAUAUAUUAUACAAAGAUUAUAUAAUAUAUAAUAAUUAUGUUAUCUAUAUGUCAUUUUGUAUAUUAUUGUUAUGUAAUAUAUAAUACUGUAUAUUAUAUAAAUACAUAUUAUAUAUUAUAUUAGGUACUUCCGUGUGUGUGUGUGUGUGUGUGUGUGUGUAUAAAAUUAUCACCUUAAAAAGAGGGUAAAAAAACUAGUACGUUGUUUUUCAAUUUAUGCUGCUCAUCCAAAGUUGCCAGAGAAGAUACUUUUAAGUGUUAAUGUGGUCAUUUUACUAAUGACUAAUGACCACAUUAGUAAAAGAAGACACUUUUAAAUGAUAAACUCAGUAAAAUUUGCCAUUGGUUCAUUUCAGUCCCAGACCCCAGCUGCCUCUUCAGAAUCCUAUCUCACAUUAAUUAUCAAAACAUGCUUGAAUAACCGAAAGUUUAAAAUAUACCUCCUACAAAGAAAUCUCGAUUUAAAUUGGAGAAGGGGGCAAUUUUGCUUUAUAACUGAUUAUGUAACAAAUUUCUUUCCUGCAAUCACUAGAAGUAUUUGUUAAAUUGUAAAAAGAAACAUUAAAAUGACCAAGUUCGGGUUGGGGAGAUCGCUCAGUCGGUACAGUGCUUGCCUUGCAAGCAUGAGGCCCUGGGUUUGAUCCCCAGCACCGCAAAAAAAUAAAUAAAUAAAAUGACCAAGUUCAAACCUGGGCUGGAUGGUGUGAGCAUACAAGGGGCACAGUGGAGUGUCCAUCAAGCUCCAGCUGCAGUCCUGGGGCCAUGAUCCUCUUAGAGAGCAGUGGUCCUGACAGGUGCCUCCUGGAGAUGACUCUUACCUCUCCAGCUCCAUGUUUCAGACUUAGAAUCUGUUUUUACCUUUUACAUUGAAGUACUGCAUUGUGGGAACUGGGCUUCCCUCCUCUGUUCUUUUUUUUUUUUUCUUCCAGAUUUUUUAAAAAUAACAAAUGUUUGGUAACAUCCUUGUCUGCUGGAGACCCAGUCUAUGCCAAAGGAAGGAGGAAAUGUCCUUCUUUUAGGAUGUACAAUAGUUGGGACCUAGUGAAUUUUUGAAAGAGGAGCAAUUUCUUGGUAUCCUUCCUCCCCCACUUUAUGAAACAUUCUCCCACCCUCUGGUUCCCAGUCUGGUAGAAGCCCCCUGCAGCCUGCCUUCCUCUCCAGUAGUUGUUAUCCAUCUUACUUCACCCCUCACACAAAUGUUCCAUGCCCUGGAUGGCUGUUCCACACCAGGUGUUAAGAAGAAAAAGUCAUUUGUUCAGUUUACACACCUGUGUGAAUUACUGUACAAACUCAACUUCAGGGAGCUAUUUUUGCUUAUUGCUAAGUAAGAAAGAAAACAGGCUUAAGUAAAUUUCAAACUGUUGGAAUUUCAGGCAGUAUAAACAGGGUAAAGUAAAACAACAUCUUGGGAAUCUGCAAGAAGUUAAGAGGCAUUGGAAAUGACCACAUUAGCAGGUGCACACUCUAUGCUUGUCUUGUUUCUACAGGAGUGUUUCUACAAAGCAACUUUGUUCAAAACAUUGAUUCUUAAAUCCCAAUUCCUGAGAUUCUAAUUUGAUCUGAUUGAAAUGAGGCCCAAUAAUCUGCAUUUUGAUAAGCACCUCAUCAUUACAUUAUAAAUGGACCACACUUUGUGGGACUCCACCCUUUUCUACCUUUUGUACCUUCUUUUCCUCUAUUUCUGAGCCUGCACAUUCUCUAGACAUGAAGACUUGGAGGAAAAGGGCACAGGCAAGGGCAAUGGGAACCAUUACAUGCCUAAUGCUUUGGAUGAGUCUUCAACUCUAUGACUUCAGUGUCCUCAAUAUAAAAUGAGAAGACUAGGCUAGAGCUCAGCAGUGAUGCUUUAGGUUUUAAAAUUCUAUUAUCCACACUUCCUAUAAUACAAACAGACAAUCUUCCAUGAAUGUGAGUUGGAGGAGAUGUCAAAGGGAAACAGGAAUUUGCCCUUGUGCAUAUUGUGGCCUUGGCUGCCCUACUGGCCUGGCCAGAGAUAGCUCUGGACUAUUUAAUGACUUACUUUGUAUUUGACAAAGCAAAACAAACAAGGAAAAAAAAAAAAAAAAACUAGCCAUAAAAUGUGAGGGGCUUAUAGCAAAAACAGCAUGGUAUUCUCUAGUGAAGCAUGCCAUAGCACCUGAUUCUUUUAACAGCUGUGUGAACUGUUUCAUUCCAACCAAAGUUUUAUUUAAAAAAAAAAAAAAGAGGAACUAGUCUUAGGCUGACCAGGAGUAUUUAAUAAAUCAUAUAAUGACUGCAUAUAUGCAUACUAUUUUUUCAAUGUGAUUUACAAAGAGCUAUGGCACAUUACUCCUUUGAUUUUACUCACCUCACUUUCCUCAGGUAAGGAUAAGCUAAGGUGAUAUCACACAUUGCGCUUAAGAGCUCUAACUAGUCUUGGCUUAGGUAACCAGUCAGGAUUACACAGUCUCCAAGGAGUCAGUGGAUUACCACAACUAAAAACGAGCCACUUGUCUCUGCACAUAUCACACUAGGGCAGGGUUUUCAGCCUUGGUACUAUUGUUUUGGCCAGGUGGUUUUCAUUGGAGUGAAGGUGGGAGGUUCUCCUAUGCCUUGCAGGAUGCUUAGCAGUAUCCCUGGCCUCUUUAGAGGCCAGGUAGCAUCCUCCCCACACAGCCAUGAUAAUCAUAAAAUGUCUCCAGACAUUGCCAAAUGACUCCCAGGAGGAGUAAAUUCCUCAAGCACUUUUACACAAAUGUGAGCAUUCAUCCAAGAAAUUAAGGGAGUAAAACAGAAGUUGUGUGUUCUAUUCAACCAUACUUUUGCUUGAAAAGUAAGUAAAGUGUAGGCUUAAAAGAUGUCCUGUUAAAAUUUCCAUUUCAUAAAUGGUACACAGACAAGGUGUAUAAAGAGUCAUGAAAACUGUUAGAGUUUCAUGCUUGGCAGCCACACAAGUUUUAUAAAACAGUAACAUAGAAAAAUAGCUUAAGAAAAAAACUAUUGAUAUUUAAAAUGUGCUUUACUCAUUUUAGCAGCAAACUGAGAACUCCUAACUGGACUAAAAUUUUUCUAGCUAGCAGUGUUAUUUUUAUAACAAUAGUGAAAGAUAUCUAAGAUAACUGUGAAGAGUAAAUAAAACAAACCCAAAUUUUUAUAGUCACACAAGUGAUUAUAGAUUAAACUGAGCUUUUGAUUCAUCUUUAAAAUUUCAAUUUGCAUAAAUAAUUAUAUACACAAGCUUUUAGUAUUAUGGCCAAUAUGUGCAUUAGGAAUAUUCAUUUUAAUCAAUUUGAAAAAUUAAACAUCUAGAGGUGAAAGAUAAGCAUGAGGGUAAAGGUUGAAAUAAAAAGGUUAACUACCACUUUGAAUUUUAAAUAAAAAUGUAGCCAUUAUGUAAAUAUAAAAAGUAUCAUAUGUAUUUGAUUUAUUUUGGCAGAUGAAGUCAAAAUAUAAAUGUAUAUAUUGCACGACUAUGUUGGAACUGUAUAUUUUUAAAGAAGGUGUCUUAUUUCUUUUAUAUAUGAUGCAUAGGUCUUUGAUGUGAUGUUUGCUUUUUAUAAUUAAUAUGUGUUUUGUCUUCUUCCUCUCCACCAAAACUACAAAAAUGAAUGUAUCCAUUUUGUACAUCAAGUUGCACAAGUCAUUUGAUUUAACCAGAGUGCUAAUCAACCACAACUAACUAAUGGCUUUUCUCAUAUCAAAGCAUGAGAACACAAAAGAAAACCACUUUUUUCAUACAUAUUAUUGAAUAUCAUUUAUUAAAGUUGUUUUGAAUAUA